GAAAUAUUAAAUUGCACAGGAAUAUCCGCAUUUCCACGUCAAUUCACAGUAACUUACCUGUGGAACGAAGAUGUCGAAGGACGAGGAAGAGCGCAACUUGUAUGUCGUGUACGUGGUCGCGGGGGCGGUGCUGGUGCUUCUCUUAGCCUUUAUCAUCAAGCUGGCUGCAUCUGGAAGCGGUCCUGGCGGAAAGCGCGAUGUGAUUCUGUUGCUGGGGCCGUGCGGAGGCGGCAAGACAGCUCUGUUCCAUCGCCUACGCGACGGACCAACGAAGGUAGACACGGUAACGUCCAUGAAGGAAACGCUAGAAACGUUCCCGCUCUUUGAUGAAGACGCCGCGACCGUGUCCGUGCUGGACUUUCCAGGACACGAGCGACUGCGCAGCCAAGUGUCGCAGUUCUAUCCCAUCGCGAAAAAACUCGUGUUUGUCGUCGACGCUACUACAAUUGGGGACGCCGCACAAGUUCGAAAAGCUGCCGAGUUUCUGUACGAUAUCUUCGUGCAUCCGAAACUUCACGACAAUGGCAUUCCCCUCCUCGUUGCGUGCAGCAAGGCUGAUAUGUCGUCUGCCGCUACGCCCGCAAACAUCCAAACCAUCUUGGAAGCGGAACUGUCGCAGUUGAAGAGCACGCGGGCGUCCCUCGAAACCCACGACGACGACGAGUCCAUCCCGCUCGGCCGGGAGAACGUACCCUUUGCGUUUGACGUCGAUGCCCCUUGCGAAGUCGUGUUUGAAGGCUACUCGAUCCAUUCUGCUGACGCCAUCGCGCCACUGUUGGACUUUAUCCUCCAAGAAUAAUCACACACACACCCAAUGUGCUUUGUUCUCGAAAUAGAUUUUUUGAUUUUUCCUGAAAAUCGCAAAAAAUAAGAAAGAAAGAUAUAUAUAUAUAUAUGGAGAUUUAUACUACCAACG